AUGAAACUACAGCGCAACCACCAACAAAUGUCCCGAACGUCUCAUUCACCCAAUCGCCGUUUCUUUUCACAAAAUGGAGAGCCCUCGUCCUCCAGAGCUCCGACCAACCAGUUGCCACCCAUGAGGUACGCUGGGGACGGUCUCGACAUGAGGAGACCUGUCGUCUCGGCUUCCCCUCAGACAGAUGAAGUGAUCGAUUUGACAAAUGAACCGGACUCGCCUCCACAACAGCGAGAUAGGAGCGCCCGAGCAACAUCGCGGCGCCCUAGACAGCCCCGCUUUGGAAGGGAUAUCAUGGCAGACGUCGUGGAUCUAGAAGAUGAACCGGAUAACACAAUUGAUCUCGACUCUCCUAGCAGUCCAGAAGUCCAAUUCGUGGGCGCCAGCGUUCGACCCCAGCUACCUCGACCAUCGCCACCACGGCCCAGAGGCUUUGAUUUCGGCUCCGGGCUUGGAUCCUGGAUGGAGAACCAGGGGGCCCCGUCGCCCGCCACAAGAUGUGGAGACAUUUUGGAUCGGAGAGAGAUCAGGCGGAGCAGUUGA